AACCAGUAUUUAGAGGUCUUCCUGUCAUUUGUUGCAUCAGAAUCACUUGAGCAGCCUACAAGGAUAAACAGGACACUUUGACAGCAUCAACUCAAUCACAGUGAUGGGGAAGGAUUAUGAAAGUUUGGAACAUUCUAUUAAAGUGAUUUCUCAGUUCUUCUUCUACCUGACGUUUCUCCUUGGAGUUCCAGGAAAUGUCUUUGUUGUGUACAUUGCUGGAAUGAAGAUGAAGAGGACCGUUAAUACGAUAUGGUUUCUCAAUCUGGCGAUUGCAGAUCUCCUGUGCUGCUUUUCCAUACCGUUCAGGGUGGUAGAUGUUCUUCUAGACCAUCACUGGCCAUUUGGAUCUGUCAUGUGCAAGAUUCUUCCCUUUUUAAUGUUUGUCAACAUGUUUGCCAGUGUCUUCAUCUUGAGCUUGAUUAGUCUGGAUCGGUUUACCCAGGUGAUCACACCAGUUUGGGCUAAAAAUCAUCGCAGUCUGUUGCUUGCGCGACUGUCUUGUGUAGCGGCCUGGGUCCUGUCUAUAGCUCUUAGUGUGCCCUUUAUGAUAUUGAGAGAAUCUUUUUCAGUAAAUGAAACAAUGUACUGCCUAGCUUUUCGUUAUGAUGACUCUGAAACCUUUGGCAUGUUACGUAUUAUCAGGUUUGUGAUUAAUUUUUUGAUACCUCUCAUAUGCAUCACGACAUGUUAUGGAAUCAUGGCCCGAAAGUUAGGCAGGAGUCAUUUUAACUCUGGACGAGCAUUUCGCAUCAUGUUGGUUGUUAUUGUGGCAUUUUUUCUGUGCUGGCUCCCGUACCACACUGUGUUUUUGAUCCGAACAUAUGGUGAAAAUCAAAGUGUCAGGGUGGCUGAGAGACUUGUUCCAUUGGCCAUCUCUUUGGCGUAUUUCAACAGCUGUCUGAACCCGGUUCUUUAUGUUUUCAUGGGGCAGAAUUUUAAGGAGAAGGUUAAGCUUUCUCUAAGACGUGCUUUUGAAAGAGCUUUCUCUGAGGAGGGGCCACAGAUACCACAAUCCACUGAAGCACAACAAAUUUAAUGUAAAUGCAAUUACCCUUCCAACUUAGCCUACAAAUUGAUGUCAUGACUGAACAGUUCCUUUGCUAAAAAAAAAAAAUCUACAGCACCCCCAUCCAAUCACCCAACAACCCCAGAGACAGAUUUCCUGGCAUGUAAUCCCAGAGGACCCCCUUCAUCCCCAUUAAACCUGCAUGCAAGCUUUCCAUCAGAGGAAUUGUCCAUAGUUUGUGCAUAUGAAAUGUGAUCGUUGAAACAAUCACAUUGCACCAGCGGGGCGCAAGAGGAAGAAAGAGCUUAAGUCCCAGCUGGAUGAGACUCAUAUUAUAGUCAGAGUCAGUUUCUCCUUAAACACACCCAUUAAUCCUCUUUUUGGAGUGUCUGAAUGUCAUGACUCAGGAAAAUGUGGGACUUCCUGAAGCACAAAGAAUAGAAACAUAGUUAAAAGUCUCUCUAUGUGCAGAGCUUUGUCACCGCUGGAUUAAUCUCUUGAGGAUAGAAGAGGGAGUUUCUUAUGCUACUUUAGAGUCGAGGUUGUUUAAAAGUUUCAAAGUAGAUUAACACAAGCUGGUGAUGUUUGCAGCUUUUGUAUAAACUGUAUGGAAGUGGAUUUGAAUGAAGAAUAUUUAACUCAUGGAGUGUCAAGCAGCCAACCUGAGUAAACGAUUGACACAUUUUUUUCAAUUACACUUCAAAUCCACCUUGUACGUAAGUGUAAAGAGAGAGUUUGUGCAAAAAAUGAACAUUCUGCCAUCAUUUACUCACCCUUGUGUUGUUCCUAAACUGUUUAAUCUUGUGUGACCCAUAAUUGAAAUGAAUUAAAACCGACUGAAUACUG